AUGAUGCUGUACCUGAUCCUACUCAUCACUGCUGUCUGCACCACCGUCUGUGGAACAUCGCAGGACGGGGACACGCAAUACACCUGGCGCGCAUUGGACCUGUGUAAAAUCAGGGAAGGAUGCCAGGGGAUCGCUUUGUCUAAACCCAGUCCCAGUGCCAGCUCCCUAAUAAAGGACCUGUGCAGAGCUGUAGGGGACGAGCUCAACUCACUCGACCCAUCGACUUGUGAAUCGCUAUUGUCUGGGGAGGCGCAGGACCAAGCAGACAAGGACGAGCCUCAUCCAGACGAUAUUGAAGACCAGCUUCCUCAGACCGACCUGGCCUCCCUAGCCCUCAUCAGCGGGCGCACAAACUACUUUACCGAUUGUUCUCAGAUCCACACAGCCCUGUCCCUGUUCAACGCUGUGUCUAGUGGUGUAUACGACAUAUUGCCUGUAGGUAUGACCAGCCCGAUCUCUGUAUACUGUGAUCAGACCACAGAUGGGGGAGGGUGGACGGUCAUACAGAGGAGGUUUGACGGGUCUAUCGACUUUAACCGACCAUGGGCCGACUUUAGGAACGGGUUUGGGUCAUCCAAUGGGGAACAGUGGUUGGGAUUGGAGAAUAUGUACCAUCUGACCGAUCAGAACGCGUAUGAGCUGUACAUAGAGAUGGAAGAUUGGGAUAGCGUGGUCAAGUACGCCAGGUAUUCGUCAUUUUCGGUGGGGGGUGGUUACAACUAUCGCCUUUCUGUUGGUGGGUACAGUGGGACCGCUGGGGAUGGGUUCUACUUAUCAGACUCAUCUCACAAUUACUACCAAACGGGUCAGGCCUUCAGUGCUAGGAAUGUAGACCGUGAUGCCUAUAAUAGCGGGUCCUGUGCUGCUGGCCACGGUACCAUAGCGGGAGGUUGGUGGUACAAGUCCUGUGGUUAUUCUGCCCUGAACGGCCCGUACCUCCGUCCCUCUGACCAUACCGGUAGCAGUGGCUAUGGUAUCUUUUGGUCCCCGUUUGGAGGCUCCUAUAACUACUAUCUGAAAAAGUCGAAAAUGAUGGUCCGUCCUGCCAACUUCCAACCGUAAGUCCCAGACACUAACCCAGCUGACAGGUCGAGGAUUCAAAGUGUUUGAUACAAACCGUC